GGCGGUGCGGGGGGAGGGGGCCCGGUCCGGGAGUGCGGGAGGCAGUGGUAGAGGGAGGUGGCGGUAGCGGACUGGAGUCUCAACCGCGCCAAGGCGGACGCUUCGGUGGAGCGAGGCAGGAGAACCACGGAGCACCCGAGGCAGCACCGGGGAUCCCGGUUUCGAGGAGGGGGUCGGCGGACCGGGUGGAGGGGAGGGGGCGAUGCUGGAAGCCAUGGCGGAGCCCAGUCCCGAAGAUCCGCCUCCAACUCUUAAGCCGGAGACCCAGCCACCAGAGAAACGACGGAGAACAAUUGAGGAUUUCAACAAAUUCUGCAGUUUUGUCUUGGCCUAUGCUGGUUACAUCCCUCCCAGCAAAGAGGAAAGCAGUUGGCCAGCCUCUGGCUCUAGCUCUCCAUUGCGAGGCGAGAGUGCAGCAGACAGUGAUGGCUGGGACUCGGCCCCCUCGGACCUUCGAACUAUCCAGACUUUUGUUAAGAAAGCAAAGUCUUCAAAGAGAAGGGCAGCUCAAGCAGGUCCUCCCCAGCCGGGACCCCCAAGGUCCGCUUUUUCUCGCCUGCAGGCCCCUGACAGUGCCACUCUGCUGGAGAAGAUGAAGCUUAAGGACUCUCUGUUUGACCUGGACGGGCCCAGAGUGUCGUCGCCGCUGUCUCCCACGCCCCUGACGCACGCCUCCCGGCCCCCCGCUGCUCUCACCCCAGUGCCGCGUUCCCAGGGGGACCUCUCCCAGCCGCGAAAGAAGGACCGAAAGAACAGAAAGUUGGGACCAGGCGGUGGGGCAGGCUUUGGGGUGCUUCGGAGGCCGAGGCCAGCCCCUGGGGAUGGGGAAAAACGGUCUCGAAUCAAGAAGAGCAAGAAGCGGAAGUUGAAAAAGGCAGAUAGGGGGGAUAGGCUCCCGCCUCCCGGGCCUCCUCGGGCUCCUCCCAGUGACACAGACUCUGAAGAGGAGGAGGAGGAGGAAGAGGAGGAGGAGGAAGAAAUGACAGCCGUUGUGGGGGGUGGGGUCCCAGCCCCUGUGCUGCCAACACCCCCUGAAGCCCCCAGGCCCCCCGUUGCAGUGCACCCGGAAGGCGCUCCUCCUGCUGACCGUGAAGGCCGGGAUGUGGGCAGCACAGAAACUAGCCAGGAUGGAGACGGCAGCUCCAGCGAGGGCGAGAUGAGGGUCAUGGAUGAGGACAUCAUGGUAGAAUCAGGCGAUGACUCGUGGGACCUGAUCACAUGUUACUGCAGAAAGCCCUUUGCUGGGCGGCCUAUGAUCGAGUGCAGCCUGUGCGGGACGUGGAUCCACCUCUCCUGUGCUAAGAUCAAGAAGACCAACGUUCCCGACUUCUUCUAUUGCCAGAAAUGCAAGGAACUUCGGCCGGAGGCCAGGCGGCUAGGGGCUCUUCCCAAGCCUGGAGAACCCUGAAGUCCCUGUUGAGGCUGGAACUUCUGACAUUACUUGGGAAUCUGAGUCUCCCUUCCUUGGAUUGAGGAGGCUGUCCCCACCUGAGGGCCGGAAUUCCCGAGGGAGACAGACUCGCUAGGAAAUGAGUGUCUUCUGUCCUUCCUGCUCUGCGGACUUGAAACUGACCCAUUACAGGGUCAGGGGAGGCUGGAUCUGUAGACGAAGUCUCUGUCCAGUGAGCCUGCCGCCCUUUUCGCUUUGGCGGCCAGGCUCAAACUGGCCCGUAACGGGAUAGUUGUCUAUAAAGUUGUAGUGUAAAUACAGCGCUCCCCUCAUGUUUUUUCUCUUUCACUCCCUUUUACUUUCUUCUACACCGGUUGUAUUCUUAAUUCGGGGCUCCCCGGUUUGAGUGUGGUUGCUCAAAGGUGGGGUAUCAUAGCCUGGUGGAGCAAGUGAGGAAGGAAAGCAGAAAGGUGUCAGUUACCACUCGCCUUGUUUUUAAUAAUACUGGCUGGCUUGUACGGUCAGCCUCCGUGUUGUAAAUAAAGCAGAGUGGGCUCUUGUGUUUUACA